AAUAUUUUUUAUUUUAUAUAAUGUCCAGAUAAGUUUCUGGCUAGACGUAAUACUAAGCGCUAGAGCCAAACAGUAUUAAAUUAAAAUUUAAAUUUUUUUUUACACAAUUGAAAUCGAGGAACUAUCAUAAAAAAAAAAAAAAACUUCAAAAUUAAAAUUAGGGGGUAAAAUUAAGGGUUGCCCUUUCGAUAAUUGCCCUUCCAUCACCUAUCCAAACCAAACAGAAACCUUAUCCGACCGGACCGGUGUGCGGUGGCCACCUAUGCAGGACGCAGCUCCAGCACAUCACUAAUAGCUAACGGACAAAUUGAACAAAAGAGAGCUAAACAAAAGAGAGAAAGAAAAAACAGCUCCACUCCUCUCUUCCUUCCCUUUUCAGUUUCGCCUUUCCCUUUCUGCUUAAAGGAAUUUGCAAUGAAGAUUAGAGAACGAUAAUCCACAAAAUUAAACCCUACUUUAAUGAAUUGAGACUUCAACGGAGUUGCUUGUUAUCUGUAUUCGCGUUAUACACUCCAGUUUUCAAACCCCAAAACUAAACCAGCACCUAAAAUGACAACCAGAGGGAGCAGAUCAGAGAAGGUGAAGCGAAUUUUUCAGAAAUUUGAUUCUAACCGAGAUGGAGGUCUCAACAGAGAAGAAAUGGCGGCUCUGGUGGUCGCUGUGAACCCUAGGGUCAAAUUCAGUGACGAGCAAAUCAAUGCCAUUCUCGAUGAAGUGUUUCGUACUUACGGCGAGUUCAUCGACGGCGAGAAAGGUUUAACUUACGACGGCUUGUUGCGUACUUAUGAUGACGGAGCUGGUGACGUCGACCGAGACUUCGAUGCGCUUGAGCUCGAGCUCAAUUUGGACGAUAACAAAGGGAUCUCGAUUGCGUCUGAGGCGUCUUCCUCGUCAAUUUUGGACGAGAGGACUAUUGAAUCGCAGAAAAAGCAGACAACUGCUGCGUGGGCGGUUUCUCCUAACCAUGGGAUUGUUUUCGAUGAUACCUGGAAAAUGGUCGACGAUUUGGAGAUUUUGGUUAAGAGAUUGAAAGCCAAGCAAGCGAAAGAUGGGAAAUUGAAAGGAGACAAUUUUGAUGCCUAUUCUGAUGCUGGGUGGUCGAGGGAAUUGGGCCCAUCUUCGGAGAUGACAGAGAAGAGGAUAUUUUGGGAGGAGUCGGGGCAUGACUAUGCAGUUUUCGUGAAGGAAUUGGGCGUUUUGAGGAGCCGUGCUGACGGGGCGAGAUCAAGAGAAGAGGCGUUUGAUGGGCAUAUGGCGAUUGGAAGGGUUUUGUAUGAGCAUCAGUUGUUUAAGGAGGCAUUGGUUAGUUUUAAGAGAGCUUGUGAGUUGCAGCCUGUGGAUGUUAGGCCACAUUUUAGAGCUGGGAAUUGCUUGUAUGUUCUUGGGAGGUAUAAGGAAUCUAAAGAGGAGUUCUUGUUGGCGCUGGAGGCAGCUGAGGCAGGUGGGAAUCAAUGGGCUUAUUUGCUUCCUCAGAUAUAUGUCAAUCUCGGAAUUGCACUGGAGGGUGAAGGUAUGGUUUUAAGUGCCUGUGAAUAUUAUAGAGAAGCUGCUAUUCUUUGUCCUACUCAUUAUAGAGCUCUGAAACUUCUGGGUAGUGCUCUGUUCGGGGUAGGGGAAUAUAUGGCGGCUGUUAAGGCCUUGGAAGAGGCUAUUUUUAUGAAACCAGAUUAUGCUGAUGCCCAUUGUGAUCUGGCUUCUGCGUUGCAUGCCAUGGGUGAGGAUGAGAAGGCCAUAGAGGUGUUUCAAAAGGCUAUUGAUUUGAAACCUGGUCAUGUGGAUGCUUUGUAUAAUUUGGGUGGUCUUUACAUGGACUUGGGUAGGUUUCAGAGAGCUUCGGAGAUGUAUACCAGGGUGUUAGCUGUGUGGCCAAACCACUGGCGGGCACAGCUCAAUAAGGCUGUCUCAUUGUUGGGGGCUGGUGAAACUGAGGAAGCUAAGAAAGCUUUGAAGGAAGCUUUGAAAAUGACAAAUAGGGUUGAAUUGCAUGAUGCAAUAUCACAUUUAAAGCAGCUGCAGAAGAAGAAAGUCAAGCCUAAUGGAGGUGCAAAUGGAGAGGGAGCUUUUGUUAUUGUGGAACCCUCAAAAUUUAAGACAAUGAGUGAAAAAACUACAUUGAGGCAGGACUUAGCCAAUGCUCUUCAAAUUAGGGCUUUUCAAAGGAUUAGCAGGUUGGGUCGUUGUGAUGUGGAGCUUUUGAAGAAGGAAAUGACCGAAAAUGAUGUGCCAUUGUCAUAUUCUGGGGGUGGUGUUCCAGAGAAAUCUAUACGCAAACCUAACUUGGAGGAAAUCCUUUGGAGGUUACUUAAUUUCCUAAAGCCUGAAACCUUUCAGGGGGCUGUCAAGGCAAUAAAUGAGAGGAUUCUCUCUGUUUUGGAUGAGACAGGCUCAGGCAGGGUGGACUUGGGCAUGUUUUAUGCUGUUCUUGCCCCCAUUUGUAGUGGCAGUCCCGACAAGCGAAAACGGAUUGCUUUUGAUGCACUUUUGUGGCGUCCUGUGAAUGAGGGAGGUUCUCAGAUUAGAAAAGUUGAUGCUGUUGGCUAUAUAAAGUUGCUGAGGGCUAUUUACGUUCCUUCUCAUGGAGUUAGUGAAAUGUUAGAAGUUCAUGGAGAAACAGAUUCUUCAAUGGUAUCUUUCAAUGAUUUCCUUGUGAUGUUUGAUGAUCCUGAUUGGGGUUUUGGUAUCAUGUCAACACUAGUAAAGCUUGAAACUGGAGAUAGGAAUCGCCAUGGAAACUAUGUUUGCUCAGUCUGCCGCUACCCAAUUAUUGGGUCCCGCUUCAAGGAGUCCAAAUCUCAUUUUAGUCUAUGUAAUCAGUGCUACAGUGAAGGAAAGGUGCCUCCUGCUUUUAAGCAGGAAGAGUACAAAUUCAAAGAGUAUGGAAGUGAGGCUGAAGCGAUGAAAGAUAAGUGUAUGUGUUUUACUUUGCAUUCUCAUAGUCAUUGAUGGCACAUUCACUCAAAUCUUUCGUGUUGGUUUGUAUUAUCCUGUCACUGUAUUCUAGUAUUGUGUGAAUUACAUAGCUCGUUGCGUUCAGUGGGCAUCACACCCUUUGUAUAAUAAGUCAUUUUGAGUAAUAUCUCAGAUCCUGUUUCCCAUUAGGUUGUAAUAUAGAUCUUUCUCUUUUUUUGUCCUAUGUUCAAAGUAGAUUUUUCAAAUUGUGUA